AGGGUGCAAGCGCACAGCUUGAAUCAUAUUUCUUUGUCUUGAACAAAAAAAUAUACACACACACCUUUGGAGCUGAAGAAAAAGAAGGGAGAAAUGGAUCAAUCCUCGAUGGAGAAACUGAUCUAGUGACUUGGGAACCGGACAGAAUCGCGACGAUCACCAUCAAUCGGCCUAAGUCCCUCAACUCGUUGACCCGGGCAAUGAUGAAGAAUCUUGCUCAAGGGUUCAAGGCCCUGGGAAAGGACAAUUCCAUACGGGUUAUAAUCCUUACAAGGUCAGGUCGGGCGUUCUGUUCUAGCGUCGAUCUAACGGCGGCGGAGGACGUGUUUAAGGGUGAUGUGAAGGACCUGGAGUCUAAUACUGUUGCCCAGAUGGAACGGUGCCCCAAACCCAUUAUCGGAGCCAUUAACGGGUUCGCAGUCACCGCCAGGUCACAAGCAAUGUUUUCAAAACCGGACCGGUCAUUGAACCGUUUUCAGGUCUGGUUCCCGGUUUGACCGGUUCAACCGGUUAAACCGGUGAACCGGUCGGUUUAAACAAUAAGGAAGGUUUGAUGAGAGGAGCAAGCUAUAAGCAUGGAUUUUUUUAUUUGGUGUUGAUAAUUUUGUAAUUUUGUUAAAGUUAAAGGUUAAAAUGGGUAUAAGAAAGGAAU